AUGUUUCAAGACGACCAAAACAGUUUAAAAGUUUGGCAAUUGAAAACCAUGCGGGAAAGUGUUGAUUGGGAGAUCCAAGGAGAUCGGAUCACAUUUUUCAAAAAUUUUUAUCCCUUCAUCGAAAAUUGGAUCGACGGAUUGCCAAAUCUCCGAGAUAUUUUUCAACAAGACGAAAUUGAGUUGCUUCUCCUGGAUUCCAUAAACAACUUGAAUCGAGUCCCAUAUACGAAUAGAACGGUAGAACGACUCAUACAGUUUGUGGUUAGCACGGGUUACAAAGACGAGCCCAAACUCGAUGAGGAAGGCAAACCAGCGAUGGUUCGGCACACACCAGUGCAUCUCGCAGCUAGAAGAUGGUGCCUUGAUUUGGUCCCCGAGUUGUUUAAAAUAUACGACAGGUUCGAUGUGAAUUUCAUCGACGGAGAUGGCUACACGCAUUUUCACGCGGCCUGCAUGGGCGGCUGCUACGACGUCGUCGAAAAAUUUCUCGACUUCGGUCAGGAUCCCAAUUUUCUGGUAUCGUCGUCGAAUUGCUCUCCACUUUUCUUGGCUGUGGAACUGUGCGUGUUCUAUAACAAAGAAAGCGGAAUGAAAGUGGCGGAAUUGCUGCUGAGACGAGGCGCCGAUCCAACUUUAGCCAAUGCACACGGAGUGACUCCGCUGCACGAUAUUGGCUCGAACGUCGACUGCGCGAAGAUGAUGUUGGAGAUCAACGGCGACGAUAUUCAGAGGACGGCGCGGCUGGUCCAUGCCCGGGACAUAUACGGCAAGACUCCGUUGCACUCGGCCGCGAGAGAAGGACGCGCAGACUUGAUCGAAUUGCUGCUGAGCAAAGGCGCCAAUCCUUACGCAGUCGAUCACAAUGGAGUGACUCCGCAUCAAUUGAUUGGCCAUAGAGUUGAGUUGCUGGAACUGUUCCGCAAGUACCGCGAAGAGAACCAACAGGCAAUGGAAGAUCAAUGUCUUUAUUCGGCUAGAGGCGAGAAGAGAAAGAACAUCGAAGAUUGA